UAAACUUUUUAUAUUUCAAAAAUCAAAACCUAUACUCUACAGACAAACUAAUCAUUAUUACGGUCUACAUAGUCUUGAAAUUAUAUAUAUUUUAGUCGUUCCAGAUACAUAAAUCUUAUAACAAGGACGUGUACUUCGCACUACUCCAAUAAUACUUAGGAGAUAUCUUCACGUAUCGCAAAAGUUGAAUCAAAAUAUGGGCAUUGAUGGAAAUAAUAUAUUGGCUGAAAGCUUAAAGCGACAGGGAAUAGAAUAUGUGUUUGGAAUAGUUGGUAUUCCAGUAAUAGAAACAUCCCUAGCAUUUCAAUCGGUUGGAAUCAAAUAUGUAGGUAUGCGGAAUGAACAAGCAGCAGCUUAUGCAGCCCAGGCCAUUGGAUAUCUCACAGGAAAGCCAGGAGUAUGUCUUGCUGUAUCAGGACCAGGCCUUUUGCAUUGCAUUGGUGGAAUGGCAAAUGCUCAAGUGAAUUGUUGGCCACUGUUGGUUAUUGCUGGCUCUUGCCCAGAAGAUCAUGAGGGCAUCGGGGGAUUCCAGGAAUGGCUACAGGUGGAAUCCAGCCGUCUUUAUUGCAAAUACGCGGUGAGACCUCCAUCACCGAAGCUGAUUCCUUUACACGUCGAAAGAGCUGUUCGAAGCGCAUGUGCUGGCCGACCGGGUGUCGCAUACCUGGAUAUGCCGGCUACUCUACUAACGGCAGAGGUGGAUGAAGAUAAAGUACCGAUGGACUUCUAUAACGCCGGCCCGUUGACACUUGCGCACCCCGAUCCGAGUUUAGUAGAUCGCGCUGCGGAGGUACUAUCAAAGGCAGAGCGCCCACUGGUGAUUGUAGGCAAAGGCGCGGCUUAUGGAAGAGCAGAGGAGCCUAUACGGAAAUUGGUGGAGAAUACAAAAAUACCCUUCCUGCCUACACCUAUGGGCAAGGGCGUGGUUCCGGAUGAGUCGCCAUACUGUGUGUCGACUGCUCGUACGCAGGCCCUCCUCAAGGCAGAUGUGGUACUACUCCUCGGGGCUAGACUAAAUUGGAUGCUCCACUUUGGGCAAGUGCCACGAUUCGCGCCGGACGUCAAAAUUAUUCAGGUGGAUAUAUCACCAGAGGAAUUCCACAAUAGUGUUAAGUCUGAAGUCGCUGUACAUUCCGAUAUAAAACCGUUCGUACAUGCGCUUGCGCAGAACCUUGCGAAUAAGAAGUUCUCCCUACAGCCAAGUGGUGGCUGGUGGCAGGCACUGAAGGAGAAACAGAAGAAGAAUACUGAAUUUGUCGAGGCUCAAGCAAACGACAAAUCACUUCCGUUGAACUACUACGCCGUAUUCAAGGCUGUGCAGGCGAAUAUACCUAAAGAUUCCAUUAUAGUGAGUGAAGGAGCGAACACUAUGGAUAUUGGAAGAGGGAUGCUUCUGAAUAAUCUUCCGAGACAUCGGUUGGAUGCAGGCACUUUUGGCACUAUGGGGGUGGGUCCGGGUUUCGCAGUGGCAGCGGCCAUGUGGUGUCGGGACCACGCACCUAACAAACGCGUAGUUUGCGUAGAAGGCGACUCGGCCUUUGGAUUUUCAGGUAUGGAAAUCGAAACGAUGUUCCGUUACAAACUGCCUGUCAUUAUCGUUAUUGUAAACAAUAACGGAAUAUACAGCGGGUUUGAUAAAGAGAUGAUGCAGGAUAUACAGGGGAGCGGUGAUGUCGCACAGUGCACGCCACCAACCGCUCUAUCCAGCGAAGUGAGAUAUGAAAAAAUGAUGGAAUUGUUCGGUUUCUCUGGACAUCUCUGCCGCACCACCCAAGAGAUUGAGGCCGCUCUUAAGGAAGCCGUCAAAGUGACAGAUAGGCCCAGCAUUAUUAAUAUUCUAAUCAAUCCACAGGCAAACAGAAAACCACAGACAUUUAAUUGGCUCACUGAGUCCAAAUUGUAAAUUUUUGAUGUUGUGUCGAACCCUUAGAAAAAAAUAUGAGAUUUUUAAACUAUCACAUGUAAUACAAAAAUUAUUUCUAAAUGGGACCAAUUUUAGAGUAAUUUAAUAAUUUUUUUAUUGAUCCUUGAAAACACAUACAGGAGUAGGGUACUUAUAAGGAAACCGGUCAAAAAACAUUUACAAGAUGAAAUAAUUGUGAUAGAAAUUAAAUCCACAGCUCUUGGACUAUUAUACUUUCAUUAGUCAUUUAUAUAAAACAUUAAGUUACUUAACAUUCCUUUCAUAU